UACGAUAAUUAAACCCCGGAAAUAGAAUGUUUCAGACACUGGAGAGGAAGAGUCAGACCGACACGCACAGUCAGAAAGAGCGAGCAGAAGAAGAGGAUUCCGUCUCCGUCGGCUCUUCCUUAUAGGCUUCUUCUUCUUCUUCUUCUUCUUCUUGUUCCUCCUGAUCAUCUUCUUCACUGACUGAAAUACAUAUAAUGAGUAAAAAAAUGGGGAAAGAGAAAGACCAGAAAGAGAAGAAGAUGUCUGUAGUUGGAGUCUGGAGCAUUGCUACAGAGGUUAAACUGUUGUUAACUGCGCUUUUGAUCCUCUGUACUUUUGCCACGCUUCUUCAGUUCCUUCCUUCUCGUUUCACCAUUUCCACCUCCGAUCUCCGCGUCUGUAUCUCCAGGGUCAUCUCCCCCCCAACCAACACCACCACCCAACUUGCCCCACCACCCAUUGCUACUUCCUUGUCAGCACUUGCUUCCAUACAGGCCCCGCCUCCUUCUUCUCCGGCACCACCACCUUCUAUGGCUCCGCCUUCUCUUCUCCAAGAAGAUCGGACGCUCGAAAAUGGCGUCAUCAAGCGGGGCUUCAAUACCUACGGUGCGGCCGCCUACAGUUUCGUCACCAUGGGGGCUUACAGAGGAGGCCUCAACACCUUCGCCAUUAUGGGCUUAGCUUCCAAGCCCCUCCACCUCUAUUCCAAGCCGACAUAUCAGUGCCAGUGGGUCCCCCACCUUAACUCCUCGGAGCCCAUCUCCGCUGUCGGCUACAAGAUCCUACCUGACUGGGGCUACGGCCGCGUCUACACCGUCGUCGUCGUCAACUGCACCUUCUCACAACCCAUCAACACCGAGAACUCCGGCGGAACAUUGCUCAUCCACGCCUCCACCUCCGGCGGCGGGGACCGCAACUUCAACGUGACGGACACCAUCCAGGCCUUGACAGAGUCCCCCGGAUCCUUGAGUCUUUCUCUGUUUACUUCAAAGCCCAAGUACGAUUAUCUGUAUUGCGGGUCGCCCUUGUUCGGGAAUCUGAGUCCCCAGAGAGUAAGGGAGUGGCUAGCGUACCACGUAAGAUUGUUCGGGGAGAGAUCGCAUUUUGUGAUGCACGACGCGGGUGGGGUUCACGAGGAGGUUUUGGAGGUGUUGAGGCCGUGGAUGGAGAAGGGCUUCGUGACGUUGCAAGAUAUAAAGGAGCAGGAGAGGUUCGACGGAUAUUAUCACAACCAGUUCAUGGUGGUGAAUGAUUGCUUGCACAGGUACAAGUUUAUGACUAAGUGGAUGUUCUUCUUUGAUUUGGAUGAGUAUAUCUAUGUGCCUCCCAAAAGCACCAUCAAGACGGUGCUCGAUUCGCUUUCCGGAUACACCCAGUUCACCAUUGAGCAGAUGCCCAUGAGCAGUAAGCUCUGCCUCUACGAACCUGCGGGCAGAACCUACAGGAGAUGGGGCUUUGAGAAGCUUGUGUAUCGAGAUGUGAAGAAAGGGAUUAGGAGGGACCGCAAAUACGCCAUCCAACCGCGUAGUGUGUAUGGCACGGGGGUUCACAUGUCGCAAAACCUUGCUGGUAAAACAACCCAUAAAACGGAGGGACGGAUCAAAUACUUUCAUUACCAUGGAACCAUCGCAGUACGACGUGAACCAUGCAGGAACCUCAUCAACUCGACAGGGAUCACUUUCGAUAAAACCCCUUAUGUUAUGGACACCACAUUGAGAGAUGCUGCUGGGUUUGUGAAGAAGUUCGAGCUAAAAAUGAUUGGAUCCAGGUUACAGAGGACAAGACAGUGACACCAUUCUUUUCUUCUUCUUCUUUUUUAUUUUUUUCUUUCGACUUUUAUACUAUUCUCUCUGUUCUUUUCUUUUUGUUGGGGGUUACAUUAAUUGUUGCUAGAACAGAAACUGAUUAGGUGGUUUCUUUUUGUAAGAUAGCUUAUGAAAUGGUACAGAUACGGGUAUAAAUGAGCUAGCAUGUAUGAGGGACAGAAGAAAAGAGCAUGUAUAUUAGAGGAGAUGUACUUGCAUUCUUUAUACAUGUAAAGCUUGAUAUUCAUUAUUUUAUACAGAAGUAUUUGAAUAAGUUGUAUGAUUAA